AUGUUUAAAGUCGCAGCUAAGAAGACAAUCAAGAGUGCAACACGCUCAUACUCAACUAAGAAUGGUGCUGCCGCAUUGAAGCAGCGGUUUUCAGAGCUUCUGCCAGCAUGGCAAGCCGAUGUGAAGGACUUGAAGACCAAGUAUGGAGACACGGUGAUUGGAAAUGUGACACUUAAGCAGGCAUAUGGAGGCAUGAGGGGUAUCAAGGGCUUGGUGUACGAGGGAUCGGUGCUAGAUCCAUAUGAGGGCAUCCGGUUCAGGGGAAGAACGAUUCCACAGAUCGAGAAGGAGCUUCCGCAUGCAGAAGGGGGCGAUGAACCUUUGCCAGAGGCACUAUUCUGGCUUCUUUUGACGGGUGAGGUGCCUAGUGCAGCACAGACAAAGGCUUUCUCGGAGGACUUGGCCGCAAGGGCAAAGUUGCCAAAGCAUGUGGAGGAGUUGAUCGACAGGUGUCCGGCCACUUUGCAUCCAAUGGCACAGUUCUCGAUUGGAAUAAAUGCUUUGGAGACAGAGUCCGAGUUCGCCAAGGCCUACGAUAACGGCGUGGGUAAGAAGGAGUACUGGAAGUACACAUUCGAGGAUUGCAUCAACUUGCUUGCGAAGUUGCCAACUCUUGCCUCGAGGAUCUACAGAAACAUCUUCAAGGACGGUAAGACGAUCGACGCAGAUCCAGGUCUCGAUUUUGGCCGCAACUUCGCCGCCGAGCUUGGCUUCGGUGACAACAAGGAGUUCAUCGAGUUGAUGAGACUUUACUUGUGCAUCCACUCGGACCACGAGGGUGGAAACGUCUCCGCACACACUACACACUUGGUUGGCUCGGCUUUGUCCUCCCCAUACCUCGCAUUCGCAGCAGGUAUGAACGGUUUGGCUGGUCCAUUGCAUGGCAGAGCUAACCAAGAGGUGUUGAAGUGGCUCAAGGAGAUGAAGAAGGAGGUUGGCGACGAUUUCUCCGAGGAGAAGAUCGAGAAGUAUCUCUGGAAGACGCUCAACUCGGGAAGAGUGAUUCCUGGAUAUGGACAUGCCGUUUUGAGGAAGACCGAUCCACGGUACAUGGCCCAGAGGGAGUUUGCCUUGCAGCACAUGAAGGAUUAUGACAUGUUCAAGUUGGUGUCUGCUGUGUACAAGGUUGCUCCAAAAGUGCUCAAGGAGCAGGGCAAGACCAAGAAUCCUUGGCCUAACGUCGAUUCCCACUCCGGUAUUCUUUUGGAGUACUAUGGUUUGACUCAGGAGUCUUUCUACACCGUUCUUUUCGGUGUGGCCAGGGCAUUUGGUGUUCUUCCUGCCUUGAUCAUCGAUCGUGGUCUAGGAAUGCCUAUUGAAAGGCCGAAGUCCUUCUCCACUCAGAAAUACCGGGAGUUGGUUGAGGCCAAGGCUAAGCAGCAGUGA